AUGAACCUCACCGACCCAUACGUCUUCCAGAAGCCGCUCAUGAUUAUUGUCAUGCUGUCCACAGUCGGCGCGGGCCUCGCGAAGAACAUCUCCGUUCCCUUCAUCGAUGGCGACUCCCUUCACCCGCAGUCAAGCGUCGACAAGAUGUCGGCGGGCCAGCCCCUGACGGACGAGGACCGCUUACCAUGGCUCCACGCGAUCCGACGGACGGGAAUCCAGAAGUGCAGAGAGGAGUUCGAGAACGACAAGGUCACAUCGACGGACGACGGAGGCAUCGGACGUCCAGCGGUCGUUAUCGCGUGCUCCGCGUUGAAGAAGAAGUACCGGAACGUUCUCAGGGGAACGGCGGGGAUUGUGGAUGAGCCGGAGGGAUCGCCGGAACUGCUACAGAAGCGCAUCUCAGAGCGGAAGGGCCACUUCAUGAAGCCGGACAUGCUCGCAUCGCAGCUGGCAACCUUGGAGGACCCCGAGAAGGAGGGAGGUGUCGUGACGGUCGACAUCUCCAAGACCCAGUCCGAGGUCAUCGACGACGCUACCGAGGGCAUCCGGCACCUCGUUACUGUAAUGGACCACCAGGGCCUGUAG